CCUCAACAACCAACCUCUGCCUACUUACGAGAAAGAAGGCAAGCUCUCGCCCUUCUCUCUCUAUCUCUCUCAAUCAGCACUCAGCAGCCAUAGCAGAAGAGGGUACCGAUCCUUUUACCAUUCUCCAUCUGAUCGCUUGUAGUUGGUCUCCAAUUCUCACUCGACCGGCUUCUUUAUGCACGCGGAAAGGGUCUGAUACGGAAAAUGGCUGCGUCUGGAAUCGAUCUCGACUUCUAGAACCUCUAUUUUCUUCUUCCCUGCCUCGCUGCUGGUGCGAUAUACCUUCCAUCAUCCUUAUCGGACUCGGGUUUCAAGCUUUUGGUUCUAUAUCUAAAAGGCUCAUUUCAUCUCAUCUUACAUUUGGUUCCAAGUUGGAGGUUAAGAAUUUUGAAGCAACAAAACACAUUGAAAGGUGACAUCCGUCAUUUCUUUUUUGAAACACACCAUUCGUAAAAAAUGAAUACAAAUGGAGUAAGUGCAGACAUCAACCAUUAUGGUGUAUUUGUAGAUAAAAAUAAAGUCAAGUGCAACUAUUGUGGCAAAUUAGUGUGUCACUCACAACGUCUUAAAUCACAUUUAGCUGGUCUUGGAGGAGAUGUGGCUCCUUGUGAGGAAGUUCCAUUAGAUGUAAAGGAGUUUUUCACAAACGAAGUACUAGAGAAGAAGAAGACACACUUGCAUAGGGAAGUUCGGAGUUUAGACUAUUCAAACAUUUCUUUUGGCAAGAGGAGGAAGUGUCACCUUCAAUCAAACAAUAUUGAGAUUGAAACCAUUGACAUUGAAGAUGCUCGUCAUGGGGAACAAGAACAAAAGCACAUAACUUCUUUACCAGCAGCUUCUGUAGAAUGUCGUGAAGCUCAACCCCUCAUAGACAGGAGUCAAAAAAUUAUUGCUAGGUUCUUCAAUGAAUCUGGUCUUGAUAUCAGCCCGGCCAAUUUAUCUAGGGUCAAGAAGGUGAUUGAUUCUAUUCUUGGCUCUGAGCAGAUGGAUAACAAUAUUAUUAUGCCUAGUUCCUCAAUGCUGGAAGGAAGGUUCCUUCAGGAUGAAGUGAAGCAAAUGCAUGAAUAUGUGAACAAGAUCAGAGAUUCAUGGAUGAACACAGGUUGUAGUAUCUUGUUGGAUGGGUGGUUUGAUGAAAAUGGGAGAAACCUUGUUAACAUUCUAGUUGAAUGUCCACAAGGUCCAAUUUAUCUUCGUUCAGCUGAUAUUUCUGAUGAUAAUGCCUUGGAGAUCUGCCUUGACGAAGUUAUUGCAGAUAUUGGGGUAGAGAACGUCAUUCAGAUCAUAACAUACACUGUGUCGCCUAAUAUGAAAGCUGUUGGCAAGAAAUUGAAGGAGAAGUACCAAAACAUUUUUUGGACAGUGAGUGCAUCUCAUUGUAUAGAACUCAUGUUAGAAAAGAUGCAAAGCAUAGAUAUGAUAAACAAUGUCUUGAUCAAGGCUAGAACCGUCACAAAGUUCAUUGAUGAUUGUGCUGAAGUAGUGGAGCUUAUGAGGACUCAUACUCGUGCUCACAACUUGGUUAAGUCCUCGAGACAUAAGUUUGCUGGUUGUUUUCUGACUUUAGAGAAUAUUGUAUCAGAAGAGGAGAAUUUGAAGAAAAUGGUCACGUCCUCAAAGUGGAUCACAUCAUCGUGGGCUUCUAGCACAGAGGGAAAAGAAGUGGCUGAUCUGGUGGCUGAUCAAUCUUUCUGGGAGGAUGCAAGGAUUGUCUCACGAGGUACCAUCCCUCUGUUGCGCGUCUUGGAUUUGAUUAACGAAAAUAAUAAAAUCAUGGUUGCCACAAUUUAUGAAACAAUGGAUCAAGUUAAAGAAACGAUAAAGGAGGAACUCAACGGACAAGAGUCUCAAUAUAUGCAGUUGUGGAGUAUUAUAGACGAGAUUUGGGACGACUAUCUUCAUUCCCCACUCCAUGCUGCUGGUUAUUUCUUGAACCCGAUUCUUUUUUACUCCGCUGAUUUCUUCAGUGAUAUAGAAGUUAUUAGUGGUCUUAUGUGUUGUCUAGUGAGAAUGAAAACGUUUGAAUCUUUCGAAUAUACAAUCACUACACAGCUUGAUGAAUAUCAAAAAUCCAAGGGUAGUUUUGGAGAAGGAAGCUCAUGUGACAGGCUAACAAAUAUUUUACCAGCUGAAUGGUGGUCGACUUAUGGAGGGCAAUGCCCGGAGUUGCAGAAAUUAGCUGUGCGGAUUCUGAGCCAGACAUGCAACGGUGCAUCGAGAUAUCAAUUGAGCAGGAUAUUCGUGGAGAAGAUGCUCACAAGUGGAAAGAGUUGCGAAGAGCAGAAGCGACUGUCUGACUUGACAUUUGUGCUGUAUAAUAUUCAUCUACAAAUUGGCAUUUCAGCGACAAAGCAAGACUGGGACACGAUCCAAAAGGUUUGGCACGACGAAAGAGACAUCUUUGAGAGGGCGACGGAGCUAAGUUCGACUUGAUAACGCUGCAUGGCGGAGUGAGCCUCAGAAAACUACGUUAAAGCAAUAAAGAAAAACUGUUGGAGCUAAUAAAGAGAAUGUCUUCAUCACACACCUGGUGGAGAAUGGCGUCUACCUGCCACAAUGCUUUGACUAUGACAAUGUACAAAGAAAAAUGUUAACAUUAUGACGAGGGUGACCGACGUACAUGGAUAGAAGCACUUGCGGUCCUGGGGAUUGGAGUGCCUAAGAAAAAAUGGAA